GUCCCCGUUAUAAUAUCUAGGUCUCGAGUACACAACCUAAAUAUGGGGUCUCAAUGAUAGCUGGGGUCAGAGUUGGAGUGGAGAGGAGAGAGGGUGACGAAAAGAAUUGUAAAAUAUUCGGGGACACACUGAUGUUUAAACGUUCUAACGAAAGGCCAUACCACUUUUCGGCUUAUACCCCACCCCAUCGCUCUCUCCUCAAUCCCCCACACAAACAUCCCCUUUCAGAACUUUAUUUUUUCGUGUGUCCGAGGAGUUGGUAGAUCAUACCACGACCGUAUACAUAUAUAAGUCUAUAUAACCUCUUCUACCUUCGUCAUUACGUCCGGCAUUGUAAAUCGUAUAGAGCCCACCUAUCGAUGACGACAUCGGGGUCACAUGCAUUAGGGGACAUCCGUAAGUUGGCGCGGUAGAUAUAUAUCCUGCUCGUCUUACUAUCGUGAUUCAUUACCUACAAUACACGUGCAGCGCCGAGGUGGUUAUUAAACGUUCACACAUACCACCGGUUAACAACGACAACUUGUCUGUUAUCGCUGUAUUUCUUUUGUAAUUAGUUCUGAUCAUAUUCCCACGUGCUUGCUGUUACCACGUAUAUCCACGAGAGUGCGGUUGUUUGUCUUGUACCUGUCGGGGAAUCGGUUACCAGUCAUCAUUCUAAGUAAUUAACAACCUACAUCGGCUGGACAGCAUAUAACGUCACCUAUAUCGGCCUAAGCCCUCUUAGCUUAGCCACAGGGGAAGAGGUCAACCAAAGAAGUCGCAGUGUUCAGGAGUAUUUCUUCUGAUUUCUGACAUUCCUACAAGUACGAUUGUAUCAUAUUUAUCAACAUUGGACACAAUGCUUUGUGUUUGGUCAGCGAUACUGUCCAGUCUGUUCAUAGACGUCAGCUUGGCUAGUCAGUGGUCAGCACGAUACACAGGCUAUUCCACCUUUCCAGAAAAUGAGAUCUGGACCCAGUGGUAUAACACAGACAAACCCACAACCUAUGGCGGGGACGACGAGAGUUUGUACAGCAUACGAAAGCGUGGCUGGGAAGUCUGUCCUGGAUACAAUAUACUCUCCGCGCAGUGUCGUCGGGUCGGGUCCACGGAAACUUUCACGGAGAGUAACUUGCUGCAGAAAGUGGGCCUGGACACCCUUUACCGGCCAUGCACCAAAGGGGGACUAUACUGUCGUAACCAGGACCAACCCCUUGGCGUCAAAUGUCAGGAUUACGAGGUCCGCUUCCGGUGUACUUCAGGUUCGGUCACAGAUGAGGCUGUCUACACGUGGGUCGCCGUACUGGCCGUGGUAUUCCUCGUCAUCCCCAUCGCCUGGGUCGUCGUCAUCAACCUAAAGCGGAGGUACUGUCCCGCCCCCGAAGAGGAACGACGUGACCCAGUUUCAGCCACUGAGAGAGGCUCUUCUGUAACAAGCGAGACCGAUCCGUCGUUGGUCGAUAGCCCACCGACUUACGAGGCGUUGUUUGGAGGUGGAAGUCCAGUGGAUUUGACAUUCGGCAGCACGUCAACUCUGUUAAACAGCGAGACACAACUCCCCAAUUCUGUAGUGAAUCCGUACCCGGUGCUAUCUGACGAGGUCUUCAACAACCAACCAUCCACGUCAGAGAACAAUGCUGACGACACUUCCGGUCAAAACAACAACAGUAGCGGAAACGGGAGCUCCUCGCGACGGACAAGAAUUUUACCAGGCAUGCAUUUGGAAGUUCUUUCAAUAAUGAGACGGCUUUCUGUGGGACAACCCACACCCCCUCCAUCAUACGCCGACGCCAUAAUCAAACUGGGUCUGCCAUUUCCCACAAAGGAUUCCAAUUGAUAUGUGCAACAGAAAACAAUAACGAUUUUAUAUAAACUAUAGACGUACAUAUAUGCAAUGGGUAGCUGUCUCCGCACUUCGGUUAUACCAAGACGCAGCAGUGACCUUGACCUUGACAAGGUGCUUGCCCCCACUGUGAUUGACGAAUUGCCCCUUGAGGAUAACAACUUACCGUUGACCCUGCAUCAGUGACUGAUGCCUACGAAAGCAGGGUUGCUGUGCCUGACAUACCUGGAGUGGUUAUAAGACGCCAUACAUGUGGUGUUUCUGUCUAGAAACUCUAACGAGGGAUGGUGAUAGUAUUAACAUGGAUGGUACUCUGAGGAUCUGCUUGUGCCAGUCCUCUGCUGGGACCCUUAUAGAGAUCAUAUCUGUUCUUACGUGUUCUCUCGGCCCCAUACCACCCAACCCCUCACAAAAAACACACAUUAGUUAGACUGAUAUCAUUACCAAGUCUAACCAAGUGAUUCAACCUGUGAUAAACCUAUUAUGCUCAUAGAACGGGGCGAAAUCCACAGAGGUAUAAUGUGACCGAUAUUUGGUAUAUGUACAGCGAGAUCAUAUGACACGAUAAAGCAAAAUACGAAAUUAAAGAAAUCGUGUUGCUUGGAAUGAUGUACUACUGGGCGAUUGACAUGGACGGUCUCUGGUAAUCCAUAGUCUCAAAGCGAACGUUUCAGCACUAAUUAUCUACACAGUUAAGAUACCCACAGUUUAUCUGGCGUGAUUGAUAGCAGGCUUGUAAUCUCAAUAACGGGAUAUUGUAUUGACAUGCCCUGUAAACCAUUUUGCUUGUGGUCGAUCGACGUACACGUGCUAAGGAAUCAACACAGACAUAAUUAAUCGUGCGAUUUGUCAGUGCUGCGCAUCCGAUUCAGGCUAUUGAUCACUUAAAGGUGCGCAUGCGCAGAAAUGAGGCGUUUAAUAAUGAAACCAUAUAGGUAUAAAUAGAUUUAUAUUUUGGUACAUUUAUCUAUUUAUAUCUCAGUUUCGGAUGAUUCAGUUAUUAUGUUUGUUUUAUGAGGUGUUUUUCUAUGUAGAUACAAGUAUGAAAGAAAAGGAUAUGAUUGAAGUGUGAUCACGUGGUGCAAGCCGGAUAUCAGUCACGGGCGGAAUUGUUAUGUGUCUUUCUCUCCACAAAACUUAAUGCUAUACUUUAACUUUCAUCUUGUCUUAGUAAUUUUUCUGACAUUUCGUCAAUUUUAUUAGUAACAUGCCUACAUCGGAUUGUUCAGCCAGGCUGACAUGCAUGGUAAUUCUGGUUUGAAUAAUAUUACACUAUAUAGUGCAUUGUGUUAUACAGCAUUACAAUACAUAACAGUGGAUCAGUCGUACCAGCCACUAACUAACGGCAAUUGCCUCGAGAUCGCCACGUGAUUGUUCCCGCCUUCCGUCCUGUGUCGGUUUGUAUGGUGCCAUAAUUCGAAUACAAACUAAUAUAAAAAAUAACGUGUGCUUGUCGACUAUCGAGAACCAUUUGAUUGUCUAUAUUUGUUGUUUAAUGUAUUUCGUAUGUGCAAGUGCUAUGGUCUUUUUACUCAGUGCCAUACUAGGGCAGAUGUUGUGGUAUGUACAAGAAUGAACAAGGACGAAAGAAUUGAGUUAUAGACUGAGAUAUGGUACCGUAUAUACAGUUAUCGGCCCUCCAUUCAGCAGCGACGAUAUGUUUACAUGUUUUAACUCAUAAAGCAAGACUUAUAAAUGCAAUGUAUUUUACUUUGCUCAAUGAAUACAUAUUUUUGUCAUGA